AGUUACUGCAAAAUUGCCACCCGUUCACAGUGCAACCGUGCUGAACAGCUGCAAAGCACAAAACUUUAAUUAUCGUCACAGCUGUCGCCCCAGCUGCCCCGUGCCUCUCCCAGGACCUACGGUUUUCUAUAUAACACCAGGGAACUGAACGAAACUUGAACUCUUUUCCUUCACACUAUACCAACCCAUCUCACCCCACCCCAUACAUAUCCAACCGUCAAAGAUUAUUUAUUCACAUCGACUCUCACAACUAAGUAUCAUUAUCACAACAAAUUCGACGGCAAUAUUAGGAUAUCUUUCUUCCAUACUCUUCUUUUCAAUAUUUCCCAUUCAUAGAACCUAACCUUUGAUCUUUUACACUUACCUUUCACACCAACCAUCGUCAAGAAAUAUUUUCAAGGUUAAGGUCGUCCUUUUACUCUCAUACCCACACCCAUAGUUUUACCCACAACUUCAUAACACCAUCGUACCUUACUGAUCAUGGCCAUGGACCCCAACAACUCAGACGAUGAGGUUUGGCAAGACACUCGAGUCCGCUGUUGCAUCCAAGAGUCCCGAUGCAGACUAUGCUCUUUCGGGCUGAAAGAGGGAGAUCUUAUCAAAAUCAGCCCACGAUGGAGCGGAAUUCUGCGCUUGGACGAGUUUCUCUUCCAUCGUGGGGAUAUUAAAAUCAAUGAGGCUGCCAUUCUUUGCUGCUGCUGCAGUGACGAUUGCGAGAGUGGAAGGAUACCGGUUCAUUGUUUCCAUGCGGAGUGCUCUGUUUUCGCACGAAAUAUCCUCAAGAUUGAAGAUGUUUCUCAGAAUUUUCUGGACGGCACACGGUUUGGAUUUGCUCCUCCGCUAUGGGGAGGAUUGGAGAGAUUUCGAGCGAACCGUCUCAGCGAACUUCUAGCCGAGAAAUUGAAGAAAGAAUACUGGCCGAAAUCAUUGCCCAACGAAAUUUGGCGUAUGAUAACGGAUAAUUUCGUCCGGGAAUGUGCAAUAGUCACGGCAUACGAACAGACCCUUUCCGCUUCUCUACCGCCUGGAAACACCAUCAACCUUUCUCGAGAUGUGUACGCCGAGUACACUACGUUCGAUGGGAUCCGUUACCUCAAGACGCUUCGCAAUCCUGAAGAUCGUAAGGGCCAUGGCGAACUCGUACUUCGCGGCCAGGAGGUUGGCUCUAUCCGAGAAGUCUAUGUGAUCGACGACCACUUUGGCGUCCGCGACCUCUUAUUUGUCUCUGACAAAGACCGCCUAGACCGCAUACUACCUUCUCCCAGUUCUCUCCCGUCGGGAACAUGGGUCCGUCGCAUUUCAACCCCACUUGGAAUCUGGAAUGUUGGUGUUGAGUGCGAUGGUUUCAGAGUAAGAGGGGCCUAUAAUAUGGACUUCGGCCCUCGUCUUGAGUUUGAUCCACAGCAGAACCUCCGUUCCCGAAAAUGGCUAUCAUCCCAACACACAGUCUUUGACUUAAGAAAACUAAAGCCUAAUUAUUUAGGCUUUCGUCAACGCUCAACUUCCUAUCAAAUUUUCCCGCAGAUGGAAUCAUUUGACUGCAAUGCAUCUCGCAUAAUUGGGUACUCGGCGGCUGUCACCGAUAACGGUGUCGUAGCGAUAUAUUCGCAUUACCGAGACUCGGAUUUUAGCAUGUACAGCGAAGUAAACCCGCUCUUCCCAGUACGAUGGAUUUACAUGCCAAUCGACCAAGGCGAGUUUGUGACCGAGAUUUGCCGCUUUGUGGGAAGCACUAUGAUGAGGCCUCGUCCCUACGGAUUAACGUUCACGACUAAUCAUGGGAGAACCACUGUUUUCGGAGGACACUUCGAUUUGACAGAGCACCGCGAUUUGGAGAGAAUCUACGAUCCUCCGAGUCGACCAUCAACAAUCUUCUUCGACAAGAGCCAUGUGAUAAAUUGGCUCGCCUGCGAAAACAUGAAGCCCACCGCCAGACGGGAAAUUCCUCAAUCAGUGAUUCCCAUAACAAGCGUAGAUUUGUCCCCUCUAGGAUGGUACUACUCCCGCUGCGAGAUGGAAGGAGUCACGCAUAUAAUACCAUGCCACAAGAACACCCGUCACCCCAAUCAGCUCGUCGGCCUGCUCCUUGAGUAUGAGGACGGCCACAGAGAGCGCUUGGGCGAGUGGCGUUUUGAUUGGGCAGCUGAGCCGAUUCGCGUGCUCGGCCACUCAGGUAGUCUGCGCUUGAAGGAAAAGGUGUACGAUCAUCUCUGCGACGGGCAAGUAUGCAAGGUCUGGGAUAUGGAAGUCGUGCCUGCGAGAGCACCUCCUAGCGAAGAGGAGGACUACGACUGGUACAUCGACUUACCAUGGCAUGGGACAUUGGAAUGGUGGUUUGACUUAUCCCCGUUGUUCUGCGCACAUAGCCAUGCGGAAUGGUUGCCUUCUCCGGACACCGAAGCCGAAACCCUAGACGAUGAGGAAGAGGAGAAGAAAGAGGUGCCCUGGCAGGAGUGGGUGGAUUGGGAUGAGGUGUGGCCUGCGUGGUUCAACGACAAAUCCAUGCCUCUAUGGUAUGAGCCGUCAGAAAACGAGUUCGAUGAAGGGUCUGACGUAGAGUCGGACUAA